AUGGCUAACACAUCUCCUUCUGAUGAUCAAUUUGCCUAUAUUUUCCGCCAUGUCUUUUUACCAGCAAAGCUACCUGGCCACGAUGAUACCUCCGGGGCAAGUGAGUCAUUUCUUAUUGGACUUGUCCUGCAAAGUCUUGAGCAAUUCUUCAUGAAAGUGGAGUCUGUCGAAAAGACCACCAUUGCUGCUUGCAUCUCCAUGAUAAAGAACAUGAUAGUCGCAAGAGACAUGGAUGGAUACUUAGGACACGUUGGACUACGCGAGUCUUUACGUAUGGUCUCAGCUGAUGAUCCCUUCUCUCUAUUUCAUAUUAACGCUCAGAAUGCGGGACUACUUAUUCGUAGAACGGAUGAUUCAUUUUGUUUCGAGACAUUCGAGCUAUCCCCGUCCAACGAGUCAAUCAUGUCCACUAAAGGUCGUUUGGUACGCCAAUUCCCGGCAUCUGCUACCAAAAUGUCCGCUGCCGUCUUUGGGAAUUCCGAGUUCCAAGAGGUUUUGGCCAACACUCUCGUUAAAAUGGCCAAGCAAACAGUGGCGGAGGUGCAGCAAAAAACGAGAAAGGCGAAGCAAGAGCAGGCUGAAGAUAGAGAUACGGCAGAUCCACGUAUCGUGACCGAGCUCUUGACAAGCAUAAUUCGAGGUGUCGGCAAGUCCAUCACUGUCGAGGGAGUCUGCAAAAACACCCGCGAGGAAGUGAUGUGGAGUAGAAGCAAACUACCAUGGAGGAGAUCUCCAGUCUGGCUUCUCGUUCGCGUUGGACUACAUCUUACCAUGAAUCGCCUUGCGGAUGGUUCGGACGACGUGUACAAGAAAUUCAUGAUAUUCUUCAUGGCUCAAGUGCUGCAUAUCGCCAACAGCAAAGUAGCACAAAGUGAGGUGCUUCACAUAAUGAUGAUCAAACUCUCAAGACGAAUUUGUAAGCUUCACAAUCCUCAAGAUGGACCGUGGCUUAAAGAAGUCAACUCUGUUGUUUCGACUGCUUCGGUCUGCUUACACCAACGUUGGGCAGACAUCCGUAAGUGUUUGCAGAAACCCUUGGACCUAGAGAAGCUUUCCAAAAUCAAGAUGGAAGAUAACUUGCGCUUUUCGGUUCCUGAAGUGGAUAGAUUCGUCGCCACAAUUAUCGACCUCAAAAGAACCCCCCAGAACGCAAUCUUUGAACCGUCGUCGAACGUUUUCACUCUGAAGACGGAAAAACUCCCUUUAGUUACUACCAAUUUCCACAAGGAUUAUACUUCCUUCGCCCUGGCCAUGUUUGAGACCUGGAUCAGAGACCAUCUGAGUCAAUGGAUGAAAGCUCAUAUCGAGCAAGAAUCCUGCUGCGAAGAAUUGCAACAGGCGUUGUACAGUUAUCACAAUACUGCUUCAGGGUGGUACUCUAGUCGUCCAGAGGGUGCAUCACGAAUGCUUUUGACCAUUGGAGAACUUUGGGUCGCAAUUGACAAUGCUGCGACACACAGAUACCCUAUGCUACUAGAGUAUCAGACAGAGGUACCAACUGACGUUUGGCAAGCACUCUUGAUCCAUUCUAAAGACAACAUGACCCGGCUCCAUCGUCUGGAAAGUCACCUCUUAGAAAGGAAACGAACUGCCGCUUUAUAUGGACGACCAUCCAUCUUUCGUUCUUACGGGGAGACGUCUUCAUUUUCUGUAAAGUACUUCGCUGGGUCUUCCAAGCUCCAGGCGAAGAAAAUACAGAUAGAGCAAAGUGCUUCACAACGUCGGCAAGCCAAGAUACAGGAGUUUCGUCGUCUUGAAAGAGAAUAUGAUGAUAUGAUGACGAGGUCGGACAGAAUGGCAUGCAAUUCUGUGUCUGUCCAUUCGUUCGAUCUAGAGUAUGAUGAACACAUAUCAUCAAGAUGUAAUCGUUGUUGCCUUCAACAGAAAGCAAAGGGCCUUCGGAUCUCGGUACAUGAGUGGCCCUUGCCGGACGGCGUCCUCGAAGCACAAUCGACUGUGUUUGAGCUGGAGAUUCCUCGUCCUUUCUCUAUAUGGCGUGACGUCACCUUUUUCCUCAUCGAAGAUGUCCUAGCGUUCAGGUCUGUGGAGAAUCGUCCUGAAUUCUCAUAUCCAUUGUCAUCAUAUCAAGGACUUGCUCCUUGGUUUGUUCCGGGGGGAAAUCGGGUCCAACUCUUGUCUGGGGCAAAGCCUCAAGUUGUGACACACUGGAAGCAAAAGUCCAUCGAGCGCAGCACGGAGGCCGAUGUUUGUCUCAACAAUGGCCUUAUUUAUCAAUAUUAUGACAGGGAUAGGGAAAUCUUCAUUUCCAGCCACAGACCAUCUUUCAAAGUUUCAGACCAAUGCACUUUCCAGUUGCCUGAUCGGGCAAAAGUAUUGAAGCGAUUUCUCACCCGAACAUGGGCUCAACCUAAUGGGCAGACUCCUAAUGAGGUUAUCGCCAGUCAAUCAGACUGCCCCGACUAUAUGUCAUUGAGUGAGUUUAAGGCCUUGGCUACGCUGCCCUUUGGACACCGCAUACAGUGGAUGAGUAUCCUCGUUCAACUAGCCAUGCCGACGAUUGAUCUUAACCGACCCGAGACAACUAUUUUCUUGCUUCAGAUGAGUAUGCAAGUCGGCCCCUACGGUGCUGUCGAAGUUGAACGGCCUACGCAUCGAGAGCUUUUUGAGAUGGAAUUCGGUCAUAAAAUGUUGAUCAGUCUCACACAAUUCGUUUCAAGAGUGAAAGAAAGCUGGGAGUCCCAUACAUCCUUGUGUUCGCUUAUGAUACUCACAACGCGGCUACUAACCAUGGCCGAUCCUACUUUGUCGAAUCCGAUCCAGGAGCUGCUUUCCAACUGCCGCAAGAUAUCCUAUGACUGGCUUAUCUGUCUUAUUGAGAAAGUGCAGGAAACAAAGGACGAUGUUCGAAGAGCUGAGUUCCUGAGUAUCGUUGUCACCGUCGCCUUGGUCUGCGCUGAAUCUUUCAACACAGACGACGAGAUGUUAUCCCAUAUCCUAGCGGACUCAAGGCAGGCAGCGAUACUUGUGGAGAUUUCAAUCAUCAUUUACAACAACUCUAGCUUGGCAAGCAACAGAGUUGAUCAUCUCCAAAACAUCAUGUUUGAUAGGUUUCUGCAUACUAUGCAUCGCGCUUGUCCAAUCUUGGUUCGGGAGGCUGUUGUUUGUAACAACGACUGCCUAGAUAUAGCUAUUAAGAGACGAUGGCCUGCAUUUCACCGAUCAUCAAAAUGGAGACUUUCUCCUUCAUCUUUUUAUUGGAUGAAAACAACUUCUGGUCACUUACAAGUUCAUCUCAGCGUGCUCACAGGUGAGCUUCUAGUGGACGGUUGUCCUCUAUCACGUCUACCGCGUGAGUAUGUACGUCAUGAAAACUACCAGAAGCUGUUCGGUUCCAUGGUCCUAGAUGUCGCACCAAGCGAUUUGCCAGGCAUGCGCUUCUGUGCCACCAAGAUGUUUUGCGGUUUUAAAGUUCACUUCGGUAUACAGGGUCUCUCGGGUAAUCAGAAUCAUGGCAAUCUCCUGGUCCAGUUGCACAAGGGCAGCUCGGUUCUAGAUCUGAUUCCUCCAAGACACAUGAGAGAUCUGCUACCGCACCACUUCGUCGACAAUUUUAUUCAUUGGUAUCGCCGUGCGACUGGCACCAUCGAGUUUUGUGACAUCGAAGACCCUUGGGUCACCAAUAAGCCGACAAACUGGUAUCUCAGACGCGAUGGUGGUGGUUGGAAGCUCGAUCAGUGCACCAACGUAAUCCUCAUGCCUCCUACAAGUCAUCUAGCUCAAACUAUCGCGACCAUCAUGUCACCUAUCGAAGCGCCUCUGCGUAUUCAUCAUUUGUAUGGUGUCGAAGAGAAAGUCCUUAACAUUCAAAUUCCUGGCCUACAACUCGAUUUCUUUUUGAAAUCUGGAGAAUCAAUUAUCCAGUCUAAACAAUUUCGAAAUAUGAUAAUCGAUGACGAUCAAUCUCUGGGGACUCUUAUUGGGCUUGCAAGUAAGCUCAUUCUCCGAAACAUUGAGGAUCCAUCAAUCAGAACAGUGAUAAUCCCGGAAGGCAAGGUUGAACAUCGACCAACAGCACAGGAAUGUACGGAGGAUCACGUCCGCGUCAUAAUUGUUCAUGGGACUGCUCAUCGGGUACAACCAUACAAGAUCGAUAACGCUCUACGACGGCUCGUGGCUGACGAUAAGAUCGAGACAAAGUUGUUUCUAGCAUACAUUCAUGCCCUUACAUCCUUUUUUAUUCCAGACCCGUUUAUCCACCGGACAGGAGCUGAGGAAGCGUUGAGAAUCCUUGCAUCUGCCCAAAUUCGAGCACCUUGCGUGUUAUCUAAUGGUGCCCAUGAGAGACUCAGCUUGAUAAGUAAUCUAUGCCCAGACCGCACAUUCUACCCAUCUCACAGGAGAGUAAUGCAAACUGUCGAAUGGUCUCCCAGUUUGAGCUACAUAUCUCAAGAUGGUCGCUUCCACACACUUACGCAACAAAUACUCGCAAAAUCUCACGAAGUAAGUUUCCUUUAUCCUGGACAUGAAGUUCUAGAUCUUCCGAGAAACAUCUCGACAGAUUUGGUCGAGCGAGCUAUCAACAGAAAUGCUCGUGAUCAUGUUACAGGCUUUGGUGCUGAAGAUUUCACUCCAACGCAUGAUACUGUCUAUCUUGGAAGAGACCGUGGACAGCAUUCAGUCCGAGCAGUUCGUGCUUCCGACAUGGCUUUUAGGGUCCAUCAUGGUCACUACGGUCUCCUACAACCAGUUAUGCCAGGCCUCACUUUAUACCUUUACGAGCUUCUGCAGAAAGCCACCGUAAGCUCGAUGCAAGUCGUGGUGCCAAAAACCAGACUCUUCUACGAUUCAAGAUGGCUUCAAGAACCUGAAGCAUUUCUUUCAUCUGAGUGGUGCCAACUUCACUGCACUUUCCAGCGCGAACAAGAAUGGCUCAACAAUUUCGAACUCAUGGUUUGGACAGCGACCAUGUCGUACUCUGAGAAGUAUGACCCACAGAUUGUCCAGGCAUUGUUGGCACUUGGCAGUUCCCCUUCCGUUACCUCUUCACCUUUGCCUCCCGAAACUACGUUUGACCUAGCAAAGGGAUAUGGUGUUCAAAUUCAGGAACUUGAGCGUCUAGCCGGAAUUUGGGUUACUGUUUUUGAACGCUCUCCUGAAGUUUACCUGCCCCCAUUGGCGUAUGAAAAGCAUAAGUCGACCCUGAAUAGGCGCAAACAAGUAUAUUACGACAACAAAACUCAGGCAAUUGCAGACUUUAGGCAUUAUCUCAACUCACAGUGGCCUUGCAAGUCUCCAACAACACCAACUCGGGCCCAGACCAAAAUUUGCACUUACAUCAACGUCGAGGAAGUUAUGAGCUCAGUGAGACCUAAAUGGAAGGAAUGGUAUGAGAACCUGCAGUUCAAGAGAUAUCUCGAUACGUUGGUUUCGCGCCUAAAAUUAUUACCAAUUGCAGCCGUUGCUGCUGUCCGGGCUGCCCCUGGAAUACCGCCACGUCAUUCAGGAAGACGGGCAUCAGGAUUCGUUUCCAUAACGGAUUUGUUCUCGGGACCUGCUCCGCGGUUUGAUCGAUUACCAGCCUUGGAUCGAAGUGGCAUGAUUCAAAUUACAACGAAAAAAGACGAAGAUGCAAGCAACAAAUUGGUCAAGAUCAUUGAAACUCUUGAUUCCAGUGUAAAUUUGAAGUUCGAACAUCGCUACCUGAGCGAGUUACGAGACAGCAUCUCCAGUUUAUACAGGCAUGCCGAUACCGAGCUCAACGGGAAAGAAUCUAUAAGGCGUCCAGGAAUAUUUGAACAAUACUUGACGCAUUGUGAAAGCCAGGUAAUGGAUAUGUACAAAGUGCUUGUAACGAUGACUCUGCAGUCUACCAAGCGUGUUUCGAACGUCGAGGUGCCUAAAACAGUGCAGUCUAUACUCGAAAAGUCGGGCUUCGUACCCAGGGUGGCACCAGUCUUGUUCCUUCAGCAACUGAGAUCUUCGCAGUGGGUUUCCCUACCCGAAGCGUGGAGGAGUGCUAUCGUUAGUUAUGGACUUGCCAUCACCGCUGUCCAGCAAGCUCGACGGCUCGUACAAUUCCAGUCUAGCCCAGCGGAUCUUCUCCGCGAACUCAAAAACGUCGGCAACGAGACUUGGGACCCACAAAGUUAUCCGGACUGGCUGUUGCUUGAGUGUGAAAGCGGAAUUAUGAUACGAGAUACCCAGCAGUACAUUGCCCGGCAGAUGAUCGACCCUCCAGACCGUCAGAAUGCCGUCAUGCAGCUGAAUAUGGGUGAAGGCAAGUCCACAGUCAUCGUCCCAAUUGUCGCUACCGCUUUGGCCGAUGGCUCCAAGUUAGUCCGAGUGAUUGUGGCAAAACCGCAAGCAAAGCAGAUGCAUCAAAUGCUAGUUUCGAAACUUUCCGGCCUGCUGGACCGCCCUGUCUACUUACUACCCUUCUCUAGAGAUAUCCGCAUGAACGCUUGUCGAGCACAAGUGAUUCGUCUGUUGAUAGAAGACUGUAUCAAGGAGGGCGGUGUUUUGAUGGUGCAACCAGAACAGCUCCUGUCAUUUCAGCUGAUGGAACUGGAAUGCCAACUAAGCGAAAGCAAAGAAACUGCUGGGAAGCUUAUGGAAACGCGUCUAUUCCUAGAUCAAUCGUCGAGGGACAUUGUCGAUGAGAGUGACGAGAACUUUAGUGUCAAAUUUGAGCUGAUCUAUACGAUUGGCCAACAGCGGCCGAUUGAGCAUAGCCCUGACCGCUGGCUUAUCAUUCAAAAUGUCUUAGGCCUACUGGCUAAUAUCGGACGCGACGCCAAAGGCGAGUUUGCACAUUCACUCGAGUAUGACGAUCGUGUGGGAGAGAGGUUUCCAAGGAUGAGGUUCCUCGAACCCGAAGCCGAGAAAGAGAUUCUCAAACGCGUCGCGAAUUCCAUUUGUGAAACUGGACUGGUGGGACUUCCUGUCGCACGACAACCCCAAAGGAUGAGGACUGCAAUCUUUCGUUACAUCACUCGAUGGGAGCUUGCAUCUGAGGACUCCCAGAUGGUCGAACAGAGUACAUUCUGGGACGAAACUACAAAAGGCCAUAUCCUACUUCUUAGAGGCCUUUUUGCAGGAGGCAUCCUUGCUUUUGCAUUUGGCCAAAAACGCUGGAGAGUCAAUUACGGCGUUGAUCCACACCGAGAGAAAAAGACUAAAUUGGCUGUGCCAUAUCGAGCGAAAGACAACCCAACACCUCGGUCUGAGUUCAGCCACCCUGAUGUAGUGAUCACACUGACCUGUUUGAGUUACUACUAUAGUGGCUUGGGUCACGAGGCUCUCUUCUCGACGUUUAGACUUCUCGUCAGAUCUGACAACGCCAAGGCUGAAUAUCAAGACUGGGUCAAGACAGCCCCGGCACUACCUGACUCUUUCCGAAAUCUAGAAGGGGUCAAUUUACAAGAUCGCGACCAAUGCGUAACAAAGAUUUUCCCAAGCAUCCAAUACUCUAAAGCUACUAUAGACUAUUACUUAUGUCAUCUAGUCUUUGCCAAAGAGUCCAGGGAGUUUCCACAUAAGCUGUCUGCCUCGGGGUGGGACCUCGGCAAGAGAAAAGACAACCCGACGACAGGAUUUAGUGGAACCAACGAUUCUCGAUAUGUAUUGCCACUCGGAAUGGCGCAACUCGAUCUUCCGGAGCAGAAACAUACCAAUGCGCUGGUACUCGAGUACUUGCUACGGCCAGAAAACAGCAUAGCAUUAACGCCAAGAAAGACGAAAGGCGCUACUUUAGAUAGCCAGAUGCUUCUUCAAAUGGUUUCUGGAAUGAGCCCUGAAGCCCGCGUGAUUCUUGACGUUGGAGCUCAAGUUAUCGAUCUCAACAACUUGGAGUUUUCAAAGCGAUGGUUGGCUUGCUAUGGGGGGAGAGCAGAUACUCAGGCGGUGGUUUGUUUCAGCGAUCACGACGAAAUCAUUGUUGUCGAUCGAUAUGGUAAGGUAGAAGAGCUCCGGACAUCUCCAUUCGCAGAACAACUGGAUCAGUGUCUUGUCUUCCUUGAUGAAGCCCACACUAGGGGAACUGAUCUGAGACUCCCCACGUACUACCGCGCAGCGGUCACACUUGGUACCGCAUUGACAAAAGACAGACUAGUUCAAGUAUCUGACGUCAUCUGCUGGUCCAUUAAGGAAACUUGCCUUGACUUGCGUAAAGCUAUCCCACUCUGGGUAACGCAAGGCGCUCGUUUUAGUGGACAUCAAGUACUCUGGAAGCAAAAAGUACCCAAAGAGAAGGGAUCCUCGUGGGCCAGGGGUUUCCUUGAGGACGAGGCGCUGAGCUUGAAUGAGCGCUACCGCCCUUGCAGCGGUCAGGCAGGUCUAUCCUCUCUUUGGGCCAGACUUGACGGUCCUACUAUCGAUAAGCUUAAGGCUCGAUGUGACUCUUUUGGACUUACCAAGCUGCAUACAUCGUCACUUCAAGAAGAACAAGAGCGCGAGCUAUCCCCUGAGACUGAACAAGAACAGCAGAUUGAAAGACCGCCCAAGGUUGAGCCAGAGAACCACGAUCUUGCCCAGCCUCUGAAAACCUGGGUUUCAGAUGGUUAUUUCCCGGGAGAGACCGACGUAUUCAGACCGGCUUUUACAACUUUGGCUGAUACUUCUGCAGCACGACACUUCGAUGUUAAUGGGUUUCCUCGUAACAUCUGGGUCACACGAGACUUUGCCACGACAGUUCGAGGGUCUUUCGGGCAAAGCGAUGACACAGAUUUGUUCCAGCGUUCUGUGCAGUGGAUUUUGACUGGCAGCACUAAGUCUGGCACACAUAACCUUGUAGUCGCCAGUCCUUAUGAGAUUGAAGAGCUACUUCCUCUUAUCAAAGGUUCUUCAAAUGUGGCGCUCCAUCUCUAUGCUCCCCGAAUCAAUCUUGGAUUCCAGCCCCUUGAUCAUCUUCGACUAUACUGCGUAUCAGGCAACAUGAUCCAAUCAACAAUUCCCAAGGACUCGAUUACCUUCCUCAACCUUUUCGCUGGACAGGUGUACCUGAACUCUUUCCAAGACUAUAUCACUCUGUGUGAUUCCCUUGGACUGGCGUGGACUGCCGUAGACGAUUCUGUUUGUUUAGGUCCUGAUGGGUUCAUCCACCCCAACGUUGUUGGAGCUCUCGUCAAUAGGUCGGGGUUCUCUAAAAGCCCUGUUCAAUUCCUGAAGGUCCUCAUGGAGAAAAUACGACAGAACUGCGGGACAAUCAUAAGGACCGACCUGGGGAAGAUUUUCGAAGGUGUGAUCCUACUGGAGGACGAUUUCGAAGGGAGAAAUUUAGCGCUCUGCGCGGCCAUGUCCUUAUGUAUUUAG